AUGGCUGGUGUGCAGCAAGAUUUUGUUGUCACUUUUGUUUAUGGUUUUAAUUCGAUUGAAGGUAGGAGAAAUCUCUGGGAAGGGUGGCAAAGGCAUGCUCUUAUGGACAAAGCUUGGUUAGUUUUAGGGGACUUUAAUUCCCCUUUUUCAGGUAAAGACAAAUCAGGUGGUAAGCCUAUUUCAGAUGUAGAAUUGGUUGAUUCCAUUCGGUGGCUUGCGGGUGCUCAUGUUGAGCCUCUAAAAAGUGUAGGUUCGUAUUUUACUUGGACUAAUAACCAAAAUGGUGCUGCAAGAAUAUACUCAAAAAUAGACCAUGUUCUUAUGAAUGAGAAAUGGAUUGAUUUGUUCCCUCAGUCCACUGCAGUUUUUAGAUGGGAAACAAUUUUAGAUCAUUGUUCCUGUCUAGUUAGCACUCAGCCUUUAGAGAAGUUGGGGUUAAAGCUUUUUCGGUUCUAUAACUAUUGGACAGAGCACCAUGAUUUUCGAGCACUGGUUUUACAUAGCUGGAGGUCACCGCUUAGAGCCACAGGUAUCAAAGCAAUAUUUCUUAAGCUACUGAGACUUAAACACCGUUUGAAAAAAUUUAACAGGGACAAAAUUGGUGAUCUGAAGUUAAACUAUUAUAAGGCUACAGAGAUCUACCAAGAAGCUCAAUUGCAAGCUCAAGCCUACCCUCAUGUAUUUAGAUAUCAGGAAGAUGAGAGGAUAGCUGCUGAAGCCUUCUCGGUUCAGGAAAGGCUGUAUCAUAGCUUUUUAAUCCAGAGGAGCACGAUAACUUGGCUGAGACAGGGAGAUAUGAAUACUUCAUUCUUUCAUGCUUUUUUAAAGAAGCGUAAAGCUGAAAUUGGUAUUGUCUCUUUCAUCACGGAAGAAGGAAAUUUAGUUUAUAAUUUCUCUGAAGUUGUAUCUCAUUUUGUGAGUCAUUUCAGAUGCUUUUUAGGUAGUCCUAGCUCGGCUACAGGCAGAAUAAACAUCCAGAAUGUUGAGAUGGGUUCUAAGCUUUCUGUUGAGCAGCAAUUGAAGCUUCUUAAACCUUUUUCAAAGAAGGAGAUUCAAGAUUCAUUGUUUGGGGAUGAGGUCUGUGCUGCAAUAACUCAAUGUUUUGAAACAAGUUAUUUCCCAUCUGAGCUUCAUGAAACAACCUUGUCUCUGAUUCCUAAGGUAGCUAACCCCUCCCGGGCUGUUGACUAUAGACCCAUAGCCUACUGCUGUACUUUGUACAAGUGCAUGGCUAAAUUGAUUUGUAAGAGACUGGCCUUAGUUCUCCCUGAUCUUAUACAGCAAAAUCAGGGAGCUUUUGUUAAAGGUCGAUCUAUAGCCCAUAAUAUAAUGAUUUUUCAAGAUCUCAUCAAAAACUAUGGGAGGGCUUCUACUUCAUCAAGAUGCACUAUCAAGAUUGAUCUUAGUAAGGCCUAUGACACAGUAGACUGGAGGUUUCUUGAGGACCUGUUAAAAGCUCUAAGGUUUCCUAUGAAACUCAUAGGGUGGGUUAUGUCUUGCAUUCGGAAUACAUCCUAUUCUCUACUGAUGAAUGGCAGAAUUCAAGGCAAAUUUAAAGGUGAAAAGGGGCUGAGACAAGGUGAUCCCAUGUCACCUCUAUUAAGUAUAAAGGAGGUCCUUGAGGAAUUUGCUGCUGCUACUGGGCUUUCAAUCAACUCGGGUAAAUCUCAUAUUUUUUUUGGUGGAGUCAAUAGUAAUGAGAGAACUCGGAUUGCUCAAGAAAUUAAUCUGUCUGAAGGUAAUUUUCCUCUUAAGUACCUUGGGGUGCCCAUGAGGCCUACCAAAUGGAGACAUGUAGAUUGUGAGAGAAGCAAGUUGCAUAUCCCCUCUUGGCAGAAGGUUUUCCUCCCCAAAGCCUAUGGUGGACUGGGUUUCAGAGAUGGAGCUAGUUGGAAUCGGGCUUUUUUAGCUAAGUAUGUAUGGGCUAUAUCUGCUAAACCAGAUUUGUUAUGGGUUAAAUGGAUCAAUUCCAUUUAUCUGAAAGGAGCCAAUAUCUGGAAUUAUGAACUGAAGGCAGAUUGUAGCUGGUAUUGGAGGAAGCUCUGCCAUCUCAAAGAUCGUUUUAAUCCAACAGCUAUUCUCUCUGCUGGUGCGCAAGGGAAUUUCCAGCCUUCAAAAUUAUGUAACAGCCUUUUAGACCAGCAAAGGGUUGAUUAUUAUCAGACUAUUUGGAGUAAACUUAUCCUUCCUAAACACAGAUUUAUGCUUUGUCAGGUGGUUAACUCUCAGCUAUUAACUAGAGAUAAUCUCAGUAAGCUGCAUGUUCAUAUGAAUACAUUGGUCUGUCCUGUUUGUGAGAGUUAUCCUGAGAAUCAUUCUCAUCUAUUUGUUGACUGUAUUCUCUCUAAACUGUUGGUUAAUAGUAUCUUUGACUUGCUGGGGUUCGAUGUCUGGCCUAUUGAUUUCAAUAGCUGGAUGGUUUGGCUGGCUAGAGCUCGGAUUGGAGUAACAGCUGCUAUAGUGAAUAUGGUUGUUGCAACUGUGAUUUACAGCAUCUGGAAGAAUAGAAACAAGUGUUUUCAUGAUGGUUACUCUUUGACUGUAUUGAAUCUAGUAAAGGAAGUAAAAUACACAAUUAAAUAUAGGCUUUACAUAGUUACCAAUAGUCAGCUGUCUGUUAAAGACCAAGUGUACAUUCAGAACCUUCAAUGUAAUUAG